AGGUGUCUUACCGUAACUCCAAAGACCGCCGCAAUGUCUGAGGGAUUUGAUAUUCUCAAGCCCACCGAGGCUGACAUCCAGAAGCUGCUGAUGGCCAAGGUGCACUUGGGCGCUUCCAACUGCACCACCGCCAUGAGCAAGUACGUGUACAAGCGCCGCUCGGAUGGUGUCAACGUGAUUGACCUGAACAAGACCUACGAGAAGAUUGUUUUGGCCGCUCGCAUCAUCGCUGCCGUCGACUCUCCCGCCAACGUCUGCGCCAUCUCCGGCCGCAACUUUGGUCAGCGUGCCAUCCUCAAGUUCUGCAACCACAUUGGUGGCGCUUUCCCCAUUGCUGGUCGCUUCACCCCCGGUGCCUUCACCAACCAGAUCCAGAAGGCCUUCCAGGAGCCCCGUCUGCUCGUCUUGACCGACCCCCUUGUCGACCACCAGGCCGUCCGUGAGGCCUCGUACGUCAACAUCCCCAUCAUCUCGCUCUGCGACGUUGAUGCUCCUCUGCGUUACGUGGACGUUGUCAUCCCCUGCAACAACAAGUCCCCCCACGCCAUUGGUAUCGUCUGGUGGAUGCUUGCCCGUGAGGUCCUCCGCCUCCGCGGCACCCUCCCCCGCGAUGCCGAGUGGGACGUCAUGCCCGAUCUGUACUUCUUCCGUGACCCUGAAGAGAUCAAGAAGGAGGAGGAGGCCGCCGCCGCCGCCAAGGAGGCUGAGGAUGACACCGGCUACACCACCCAGUGGGAUGAUGCUGCCCUCGACGCCGACUGGUCUGCUACCGGCACCGGCAACUUCGCCGCUGCCCCCGCUGAUGGCAACUGGGGCGCCACCACCGGUGGUGACUGGGCUGCUGCCGGCGGUGAGGAGUGGACCAACUAA